AUGGCUUGGUUCAGUGUAAAUACCAGCAACAUCACUUUGGACAGCGCUCUACCCGGGGAUGAGCCGCGAGAUGAGCGCUUGGCUCAGGUGGAAAUCACUCUUCUGUCCAUCAUCUUCGUCACUGCAGGAGUCCUAAACUUCGGGGUCUUGGUGGUGCUGUGGAAGCGAAGGAAGCAGCUCUCCAGGAUGCGCAUCUUCGUGUCCCACCUGUGCGUCGCCGAUCUGGUGGUCACGUUCUUCCAAGUUUGCCCCCAACUCAUGUGGGACAUCACUGACAGAUUCGUCGGUCCAGAUAUAUUGUGCCGCAUGGUGAAGUACCUGCAGGUGGUCGGGAUGUUUGCCUCCACUUACAUGAUCGUAGUGAUGACGAUAGACCGAUAUCAAGCCAUCUGCAACCCCAUGGUGACUUUCCAGAGGGGCAGAGCGCGCUGGAACGGGCCGGUGUGCGCCGCCUGGUGCGUCUCUCUCAUCGGCAGCCUUCCGCAGAUCUUCAUCUUCUCUCGGGUCGAGGUCGCACCCGGAGUGCACGACUGCUGGGCGCAGUUCAUCAAGCCGUGGGGACCGAAAGCCUACGUGACCUGGACGACUCUGGUGAUAUUCGUCCUGCCCAUUCUCACGGUGAUCGUGUGCCAGGUGCGCAUCUGCCGCACCGUGCACUUAAACUUUCACAUGAAGACGCACCACGGCGGAGAGAAGGCUGUCAACAAGCCGCUGUCCUCCAGGGCCAGCAGCGUGGCGGGGGUGUCCAAGGCGAGGGUGAAGACGGUGAAGAUGACCGUGGUCAUCGUGCUCGCCUACAUCGUCUGCUGGACGCCUUUCUUCACCGUGCAGCUCUGGUCCGUCUGGGACGUCGAGGCGCCCACUCAGACGGCAGCCUUCACCGUCUUGAUGCUGCUGGCCAGUCUGAACAGCUGUGCCAACCCCUGCAUCUACCUGCUGUUCAGUGGGAAGCUGCCCCGGAAACUGGUGGCCCUUAUGUGUGUGGACCAGCCCGAUCUGAAGGAGUCCAUCCAGGAGGAGGCCACCGUGGUCAGCUCCCUGUAUAUCAGCCUCAAGAGCCUCUCAGACUGCAGAUAA